AUGUAUCACUAUCCUCAACCCCCUCCGGGGUGGUCCUACGACUACAUGGCCUCCCCUCCUACCUCUCCUCACUACGCCUACUACGCCUCUCCAUUCGCCACCCCUUACACCUCCCCGCGAAGUGCCUCCAAGCGUCAUGGCCGCAAAGCCAGCUUUGCGGGGACCACCAAGGACGGCUGGCAUGGCGCCGCCUACGGGCCCGCCGCAUACCACCCCGAGGCCAUGCCCGAGUAUGGCGCCCCCCGCGCAAGCACGACUAUUCGGUCGCGUCGUCGCACUACCAUGUCUGGCAUUCCCAUCGAUCCCACCGGUCCUUACCCGUCGCAUCAGUCCUCGCGGAAACGAUUUGUGGAUGUGGUCGAUGAUGGUUCCGACGGUGAAGCCUACGAUGACGAGAACUACCCUCCCCCGCGAUCCGCCGCCGCCUCGGGUGCUCACCCGCCGCACCGAUCUCCGUCGUCCCGAAAGCCCAAGGCCCCCACUGAUAAGUACUUUGUUUAUAACCAGGUCCCCGUCUACGAUGAUGCCGACACCGCGAAACGGUCGCGCGCCCGCCGGCAGUCGACUUCCACACGCACACCCCAGAAGCCCAAGCCCACCCCGGCAGCCAAACCGACCACCCACGCCACGGAGGAGGACGCCGCCCGCGCGGGGAUCCCGCCCGGGUAUUCGAUCAAGAACUGGGACCCGACGGAGAUGCCGAUCAUCUUGCUGGGCAGCGUGUUCGACGCCAACUCGCUGGGCAAGUGGAUCUACGACUGGACGGUGUUCCACCACGGGGCGUCGACGCCCAUGGCGGACGUGGCAGGCGAGCUGUGGCUGCUGCUGAUCAAGCUGGCGGGCAAGGUGAAGCGGGCGGACGAGUGCGUGGACCGGAUCAAGCGCACGGACGCGCACGAGACGGUCGAGAGUUUCCUCGAGAGCGGCGAGCGGCUGUGGGGGCGCUUCAAGAAGCUGCUCAAGACGUGCGAGCAGUUCAUGUGGAAGGCCGCCAAGCGGGAAAGCGGCAAGGGGCCGGUCUCGAUGGGUCGCAACGCCGGCUGCGAGUUCGUCGAGUCUAUCUUCGGCCGCGAUCGCGAGCUCGAAAACACCGAGAAAUUGAUGCACAGUAUCCGACUGUGGAAUAUGCGAUUUGACGCCAACUGCGAGGAGAUUCUCCGACAUCCAACCGCCUAG